UCAAACACAAAUUUACUUAUUAAAAAAAACCAAUUUAAAAAAUAUUUACUGGUAUUGCAAAAAAAGAUUUUAAAAUACGAAAACAAUUACUUUUACAUUCGUUUUUAUAAAACAUUCUCAAGUUAUUGGGUUUAAUAACAAAAACAACAACAAAUUAGAUAUCUAAGAAAAAAUGGCACGUGGUCACCAAAAAUUACAAUCACAAGCAAAAACUCAAGAAAAACAAGCAAAACUCAAAAAACAACAAGGACAUAGUGCCACUGAUCAAAAAAAGGCUGCCCAGAAAGCAUUAGUUCAUGUUUGUGCAGUAUGCAAGUCCCAAAUGCCAGAUCCUAAAACGUACAAACAACAUUUUGAAAAUAAACAUCCCAAAAACGAUAUGCCUCCAGAACUAAAGGACGUCGUCUAAUACGGGUAUUAUUUUUUAUUGUUUUAUCAUUUAAUACGCGCACCCGCCUUGGACUUGAGGGUUAUUGCUGAGCAGCUUGCUGUAUAAUCUUGUAAUUAGAAAAGCUGUUUAAUUUAUUUACUUAUACAUCUUUUUAUUAUAAACAAUAUUAUUUCUUUCUUUUUUAUGGAAAUUUGUGAAUUACAUACAUAUAAUUAUAAUAUAAAUAAUAAAAAAUUAAAAUGACUACACAUA